CUAAACGUCAUGACUCAUGCUAUUGAUUUUAUGUUGCCAUGGCGAUUUUAGAACCACCGUUACCAGCCACCGAUCAGGGUUUGUAGACGAAUCACAGGCCGUAUCACAGUUUAUAUAAUAUUAUAAUCUGUGUAACUGAUGUAGACAAUUUCGAAUUUACAUUUUCAAUUUCGUAAAUGUUUUUACUAAAUGUGUACGUUAAAAAUGUUUUAUUAUUGAUAUACUUAUCGUAUUAUUAUAAGUAAUAUAGUGUCGUUUACAAUGUCACAAACGGAAUACACGUUUAAACCUUUAGUGUUUGAAAAGCAGAAGAGUGUAAGUAACGAUAUUCCCGAUUUGCCACACACUCGAAUAGACCAUGGAAUAGCUUGUAAUGAUGAAUAUUUGUAUUAUUAUCGUUAUUGUAGUUACGAGGCACCAGGAUUGGAGGGCGAUCUCCUUCCUAAUAAAGGAUGUUUAUGGAAGUUUAAUUUGGUCACUUGCCAAUGGAAAAACCUCAGAAGCAGACAUUUAUCGAGAGUUCUUUCAUAUAGUUCGAUCAUAUUAUCAGGAAACUUGAUAAUAAUCUAUGGCGGUACAGGGGUUCGUUUUAGUAAUUACUGCCCGUACAAUAUUUACAUUGGUAAUCUAUUAGGGGAAUACACCGAAGAGGGCAUAGUUUUUGAAGAAAUAAAUUGUACUAAUGGAAUACCUAGGAUUGGAUAUGGCCAGUCAAUUGUUUUAAAUGGACGAUAUAUUUACACAGUUAAUGGUUUGUCGGGGUUCCAACGUGAGGCAGAUGUUUAUAGAUUUGAUAUAAGUACUAAAAAAUGGGAAAUAUUAUCAGAUGGUAAAGGCAUACUCCAAGACUUUGAAGAAAAAUACAAAUAUGAACUAGCAUAUUACAAUCAGUGUAUAUUCACAUUCGGUGGAUCUAAUGUACACAUAAAUUCUACAACUAAUUUCUUAAAUACAUUUAUGACUGUUCAUGUAUUUGAUUUGACAACUAAAACUUGGAGGUACUUGGACACAAAACCUGAUCAGCAAAGCACGACCCCCGGUUAUCCAGAAAAUCGUAUUAAUCAUGGCUGGGUUCAGUGUCCUACUCAUACUCAGAAUGUUUACCUCUUAGGCGGCUAUGAUAAGUUUAAUUUUAUGAAAGAUGUUUGGUGUUUUAAUUUAUCUACAUUCCAGUGGCGAAACCUAUCCAUGUGCUCAAUACCUAAACCUACAUUUUUUCUGUCUGCUGCAAUGUCACGAUACGGUCAUUUAUAUUACUAUAAUGGUUUAGUAAGUUUACGUUGUUUAAGUACACGACGGCUUGAACCCCAAAAUCAUGUGUAUACUACUUGGGUAAGGGUGCCACAAUUAAAAGAAAUGUGUUGGGAUGCUAUUUUGUUUUACUUUAGGAAAAAUUUGUUAAAAUUAAAUGAAGAAGACCUACGCAAAUUAGGAUUACCGCUUGAAUAUUAUAAGCUCAUAAUUAAAGCUAAAGAAUUUAUCAUAAGUGCAAAAGCACAACAUUUAUCUUCAGACUAAUCAAAUUUUUUUAAAUUUAAACUUAAUGAUCAUUCACAAAUUGCUAAAGAUAGUUAUAUCGAUUCAUUAGGUUGUUAUAACUAUAUAACAUGUAGAUAAUUGAGUAUAUUACUUGUGCUGUUUGCCUUAUGGCUGUAAUCAUCUUUACUGAUGAAUAAAUAAAUAAAAUAAAUAUAGUAAGACUAGUCAGUAAGUUAGUAGUGACAAAUAGGUAAACAAUUUUAAUAAAAUUUUCCAGUUUUUAGUUAGUACAACAAAAUGUUAUAUGUAGUUUUAUUAGUGCUGAAUACUGUACUAUUUGGAUGUAGGCCUCAUUCAUAUACCUAUAAUUAAAUCAUAGGUAUAUACAUAAAAACAGAUUUUUAGACUUUGCGCAAUGCUUAUAGCCUAAAUCAGCUCUUGUUCUGCUGUCAAAAAAUAAAUCUUAAGGUUGAUACUACAACAAUAUAGAGUGUUUCUGUUUCAAAUGUCCUUGCGUGUACUGCAUAACUUUCUAAACAUCCCAAUAGACGUUAGUAUAUUUCAUACUUUAUAAGGAUUAAUAGUUGUAUGCUUUUUAUUUUACUUAUUUUACUAGUAUUUGUG